UGCCCGCGCGAGUCCGGUCAGUGCGCGGAAGGGCCGGGCCGGGCCGAGCUGCGCCGCCCGCGGACUAGACCCGAGUUGCCCCGGACCAUCGUCGAACUACAGCGGCAGCAACGACUCCCGGAACCGGGCCCGGCAACGUAGAGCCAUGGCAGAGGCGGCCGCGGCUCCGACUUCUGAAUGGGACUCCGAAUGCCUUACAUCCCUCCAGCCACUUCCUCUUCCUACACCCCCAGCAGCAAAUGACGCACACCUGCAGACUGCAGCCAUCUCCUUGUGGACAGUAGUUGCUGCUGUGCAGGCCAUAGAGAGGAAGGUGGAGGUCCACAGCCGGCGACUGUUGCACCUGGAAGGCAGGACAGGGACAGCAGAGAAGAAGAUAGCCAGCUGUGAAAAGACAGUGACUGAGCUUGGGAACCAGCUGGACAGCAAGUGGGCAGUGCUGGGGACUUUGUUGCAGGAGUAUGGGCUGCUGCAGCAGCGGCUGGAGAACUUGGAGAACUUGCUGAGAAACAGGAACUUCUGGAUCCUGCGGCUGCCCCCAGGUGUCAAAGGAGAUAUACCAAAGGUGCCAGUGGCAUUUGAUGAUGUCUCCAUCUACUUUUCCACUCCAGAAUGGGAAAAAUUAGAAGAAUGGCAAAAGGAACUUUACAAGAAUAUCAUGAAGGGCAACUAUGAGUCUCUCAUCUCCUUGGAUUAUGCCAUGAACCAACCCGAUGUUUUAUCACAGAUUCAACCAGGAGAACAGAAUACAGACCAGCCUGGGCCACAGGAGAGUGAGGUCCCUACAGACCCCAGUGAAGAGCCUGGCCUUUCAACCUCAGAUAUUCUGUCUUGGAUUAAACAAGAGGAAGAGCCUCAGGUUGUGGUCCCCCAGGAGGCCAAGGAGAGUGACCUUUACAAAGGUACAUAUGCUGAUGAAGAGCUUGUCAUCAAGGCAGAAGACCUUGCCAGAGCCUCCUUGUGCCCUGAAGUUCCAGUCACCUUCUCUGCUCCUCCAGCAGCAGCAGCAAAGGAUGCUUUUUCAGACGUAGCUUUCAAAAGUCAGCAAUCUGCACCCAUAACACCUUUUGGACGUGCAGCCACUGACUUACCUGAAGCAUCAGAGGGACAAGUGACUUUUACUCAGCUAGGAAGCUACCCACUCCCACCUCCAGUCGGAGAGCAGAUGUUCUCAUGCCACCACUGUGGCAAGAGUCUCAGCCAAGACAUGCUCAUGACACACCAAUGCAGCCAUGCUGGCGAUCAUCCCUUAACUUGUGCUCAGUGUCCCAAGCACUUUGCUCCACAGGUGGACCUUGGCAGCACCUCCCAGGACUUUGCCAGUGAACCACCACCCACCUGCCCACACUGUGCCCGGACCUUCACUCACCCCUCACGACUCACCUACCACCUCCGUGUCCACAACAGUACUGAACGACCUUUCCCCUGUCCUGAUUGCCCCAAGCGCUUUGCUGACCAAGCUCGAUUAACCAGCCAUCGGCGAGCUCACGCCAGUGAGAGGCCCUUCCGCUGUGCACAGUGUGGCCGGAGCUUCAGCCUGAAGAUCAGCCUCCUGCUGCACCAGCGGGGACAUGCACAAGAGCGCCCCUUCUCCUGCCCUCAGUGUGGCAUCGACUUCAAUGGGCACUCAGCUCUUAUCCGCCACCAGAUGAUCCACACUGGCGAGCGACCCUACCCAUGCACAGACUGCAGCAAGAGCUUCAUGCGCAAGGAACACUUGUUGAACCACCGGCGGCUGCACACAGGUGAGCGGCCCUUCCAGUGCCCACACUGUGGCAAGAGCUUCAUCCGCAAGCAUCACCUCAUGAAGCACCAGCGCAUCCACACGGGCGAGCGGCCCUAUCCCUGCGCUCUCUGCGGCAGGAGUUUCCGCUACAAGCAGACACUCAAGGACCACCUUCGGACUGGCCAUAGUGGAGGCUCUGUGGGUGAUAGGGACCCCUCCACACAGCUGCCAGACCCACCUGGUCCACUCUUAACUGGGCUUGAAACUUCUGGCCUAGGUGUUAACACAGAUGGCUUAGAGACCAAUCAGUGGUAUGGGGAAGGGAGUGGAGGGGGAGUUUUAUAGAUCUGUGGCCUCUUAUCUGUUCACAGCCAGACAGAAAGUCAGGAAGACAGCCCACAAAGCCCCUUCACCACCCACAGUAAUUAUUACUGGGUACAUAAAGGAAUUUGGGGUGUUCUACACUUGGCUAGAGACAUGCUUGUGUUUUGGAACUUGCCAACAGAACCAGAAUACCACAUUUUGAAAUCCAGAAAGAACUGGAAAAGCAUCCAGCACCUCCAUCUUUUCAAAGGUAUCACAGAAGCAGAAGUUACCAGUAUUUCAGAGAGGUUGGAGAGCAAGAUUUGGCCUCUGAUCCUCCUUUCACUAGGUAGCAGAGUGAAAGUAGCCUGUGCCUCUAGGUAGAAACAGGUUCAUGGGAAAAGCCCCCCCGAGCAUGAAGCCCUUAUAAGGCAUGAGGGUGUCCAAAGUCUCACUGAUUCCUUUGCGGUGAGCUGAUUGUUGGAAUCCUGUGCUGUAGCUACUGUUACGUUGCUUUACCCUUGAAAUCAGCUAAGCUCUGUUCACGCCUGUGUAGUCAACUUUCCCUGAAACUGGUGACUCAGACCACCUUCCUAGGUCUAGAUUCCAUCUGCUAAUACAUUUUGUUUAAUGUUGGUGAACAAGAAAGCUGACAUUAAUAUCUUAUUUAGGGGGACCUUAGCUUUUAGUAGCUUGCUUUGAAAUAUUCCAGCUCUUAUAUGGCUUUUAAGUGGCCAGAAACCUUUAUGAAGGCCCUGAUUAGAAAAUUGGGAGAAUUCUCCAUCCAGCUUCAAUAUCCUCAGACCCUAAGCAGCUGGCACAACUGACAGAACAGCCUAGAGUCUGUGUCUGAACCAUGAUUUUAGAGUCCUUGAUGUCAAAUUAUUCCUUAUCUUUUCCAAGCCAAUACGUUGGCUUUUCCAUAUCUGGUGUCUUUUACUUGUAGCCGUCAAGAACAAAGAUCACAGCAUUUUCCAGAAGCAUUAAGGAGUUUCAGAAAGUGCAUUGCAUUGUACUCUCAGGGCUUUUGUUUCCUCAAUAAUGUAAUAACAGUAUUGUAAUGUGGCACGCUUGAGCCAUCAGAGAGAGGGACCAUCCCCGUUCCCUGAUCCUACUGCACUGACAGUUGGAGCAGACUGUGACCCUUCCUCAACCACUAAUGUGCUAUCAUGUAGACAGGGGCAGCCUGUGUUGCCUGUUUGAGUGACCUUGGCUACCAUGUGUUCUUUCAUUGGAGUCCCUUAAUCACUUAGGAGCAUCUGAACCUGGAUCUGCUCCUAGGUGUCUGUGCAACUGGGUUGGGUCCUUUUCUCUUUACAGCUCUCACAUUUUCAUCUGCAAAAUAAGGCUGUUGAAAGCAAGUAAGCCCCUGGAAAUUUAAAAAAAGAAAGAAAAAGCUUGUACUACAGUUCUUCUCUGCCAAAACCCUGUCUCUAACUCUGGCUUCUGUCCAGGCAAAGCCAAGUGAGACAGCAAAAUCAAAGCAGAACAGUUCUUGUAGAAACUUGAUGGAAAUCAGUUUGAUUUGUUUUGCUUUUACUUGGAUUCUGAGAUGGAAGACAGAAUGCAAAACCCCUUUAUCUUGGGCAGAAAAAGUUGUUUUUUUUCCCCUACACCUUUGUGUAUCCAGAAUCAUCUAUGAUGCCUGGAAUAAGGUCUGGGUCUAUUAGACAUAAACUACCUUGAUGAGUAA